AUGGAAAGACUAUUGAUAAAUCUUCCGAUUGUCGUUGCUACGCCCCCUCCAGAGGAAAAGAAACUCUCUAAAAAGUGUAUCUUUGCCAUUGCAUUCUUUGUCCUAGUGGUGGCUGUUGGUGGAGGUAUUGCCGCUUGGCAAUCCGGAAAAUCAAGCGCUGAAGGCCAACUUGUCACCCAAUACGCCCCACCUACAGAAGAGGAUUGCCUUGCGGUAUCCCAAGGAUUGCAUGUUGAAGGACAGAACAGCACGGCCCUAAACCAAGUGGGAUUGGAAAUGAAUUUUGUUGUGGGGUCAAAUGUCAAUAUUGAAUUGCUUGGCUUCAAGGCAAGCUGGAAGCCAAGAUUCAGCGAAAGGUUCUACCACCGGAAAAUCAAGCGCUGA